ACAUUUCCUGCGGGAAGGAGAAGGUGGAGUUUGGCCCUUUGUUCUAGAGCCUGGAGAGCUGGUCAAACAGGAAGAGCUGAUUUCAAAUUGCAGUUGUAGGGUUGGAGGAGGAGGAGGGUUGAUGCUGAGAGCCAGGCGGCACCAGAAGAAGCGCGAAAUAGGUGGAUGGUCAAGAAGUGCCAAGGCAGCUGCAGCUGCAACAAGGCCAGCUCCCAGGUGCUCUGCAGAGACAACGAGAACAGAGGACUUUAACUCAUGUAUUUUGAUGGCCUGAUCCCAAACUGCAAAGAUGUGUCGGCUGGGUGAGUUGGCUCCUCUCCAAAGUCAAAGGCAAGCGGGGCAGGGCAGUCCCUUGGCACUUCCCUUCCCUAGAAAGGUGUCAGUACCUUCAGGCUUCCUUGCAACAGUGCCAAGUGUCCCACGAUGCAACCAGACACAGCUUAAGAGGUUUGGCUCAGCAUCUUCAAUGGCAGCCAACCUGGCCACCCUCUGGCUAGUGGAUUACAGCUACUAUUAGCGUUAGCCAGCAAGGCUGUGCUGGUCCUGGGACUGAUGGGAGUUGCAGCCCAAAACAUCUGGAGGGCACAAAGUUGGUGAAGGCUGUUCUGUGGCAUCAAAGGGAUCCUGGGUUUCAGCAGUAUAUGAGGUCAAGGCACAGUGUUUGAGAAAGUGAUUUGCCCAAGGCUGGCUAGUAGAAUAAAAAUGGAACUCCUAUUUUCUUCUUCAGCUCUUGGUGGUUUUUGUUCUUUAUAAACAGCUUUGGUUAGAACCAUCAGCACACAUGGGACUUUACAAAUUUUCAUAAUCCCCCCCCCUGCCCAAAAGGCAGGCACCUGUGCCUAAGGUGCUUAAGUGAAAUGUUGACAAGUGAAGAAAACAGGGAGGAAGACUGUGCGCCCUGGGAAAUCACCUGUCUGCAAAGAUGAUUUCCAGAACAGAUUCCUGAGAAGUACCUGCCCCCACCGGUUACCACAUUGACCUGCAAGAGCAAAAACGGGAGUCUAAACCACUAGCAUGCUGAAUGUCCUUUACAAUUUUACCUUCUCCUCCCUCCCCCCACCCAAAAACCCUACUUGCAGCCUGUAGACUUUGGGAUGUUCUAGCAGGAAGAUGACCUUGAUUGCUGUUUGCUGUUUAACGAGUGGUUAAUCUUUAAAGACACGGACUUGUUUUCCAAAGGAAAUGCCACCUUGCUGGGACUUCCUUAUGGAGCUUGAGUCAACAUGCCUGAAUGUUCUCCAUAAACCCUUGAUCCAAUGGUGUGAAAUUUUCCCUCUGAAAAGGUGUCUGUCUCCCCACUUCCUCUCUCUGUCUCUGUCUCUCUGCCUUGAUCUGUGGAAGGUGGCUCUGCAUCUUUCUGUUCUGCAACACAGUUGUGGUAAAGAGGAGCUUGCCCCACAAACAGCCACUGAGGUUCCUUCGCUUCCUUUCUGGAAGGGAAGUGUUGAUCCUCAGGCCUGGAACGCUUGACUAGUCUGGAGAUCUGGAAGUUGUGCCUUUUGUCAGGCUGUGGCUGGGGACUCCCAGCUCUCACCUGACAGCCCGGCCCAGUGGUUUUUCAACCUUAGAUUCCCAGAUAUUGUUCAACGUCAACUCAUAUCAUCCCAUUGGCUUUGGGGGCUGGGGCUGAUGGGAGUCCAACAGUGUCUGGGCACCCAAGAUUGAACAACAUCGGCCUAGCUUACAGUUACGCCUCUGAGAGACCUUCCCUGUGCCCUAGUCCAAAGAGCAAUAAAGUGUGCACACAGUGCAAAUACUGUACAGGUGCAGAUAAGCACCACAGGGGAAUAUUGAGAAUGGUUCCAAACUUGUUCCUGCAUCUGAGUUAGGUUAACUUGCCUUCCUAACCAUUGACUCUUGCAAAUGUUUAACCUAUUGUGUUGCUCCUUCCCUCCCCAUAUCCAGCAUUUUUCAGUAAAUGAAAUGUAUAUCAUUCUGUAUAUUGGGCACUACACCAGCAAUCUGGCAAGAUAAAUGGUUGCUGUUAAUGGGCAAAGAUGCAGGGGGGCUGGAAAUAGAAAAGGUGUAAUUUUUCGGUACAAUUUGUAUAUCUUUGCAUAUGGUAGUACAUUGUGUAUCUUGAUUUAUAGUCUCAUUUCUGUCCUGUCCUUCUCCAAACAUAUAAUAAAAGUAGAAAGUCACCAUAAGAAAGCAAAUAGUGUGAUAAAUCAGCAAAAAGUGGGUCCCCUAAAACCUGUUCUAUGGUCUUACAGAAAUUCCAUCUGCCUGGCUGAGGCUUCUGGGAGUUAGCGUGGUGUCACUAUAGAGUCGGUCCAAGAUGUAGCCAUUCAGUAGCCUUCUGCAUCAGACCUUUGGUCCAUGUAGCCCAGGGCUAGGGAAUCUGCAGCCCUACAUAAGUUGUUGGACUACAACUCCCAUCAUCCCUGGCCAUGCUGAUAGGAGUUGGAGUCUAAUAUUAUCUGCAGGACCCCAGGCUCUCCAACAGGAAUAAUAGAUUUAUAGAAUUGGAAGGGAUUUUGAGACUCAUCUAGUUCAACCCCAUGCAAUGCAGGAAUGUUUUGCCCAAUAUGGGGCUUGAACCCACAACCCUGAGAUUAAGAGUUUAAGGCUUUACCGACUGAGCUAUAAGAACAUAACACAGGAAUCUGUCUAGUACUGAUUCAGGCUCUUGGUCCAUCUUUCUCAGUACUGUCUGCAUUGACUGGCAGCAGCUGUUGGGACUGUCGGUCAGAGCAAGCAAGAUUCUCCUUCCCUGGAAUACUUUAAAAGGAGAUGGUUUACCCUCCAAUUGUUUUCAUCUUGAUUUUCAGGAGAUAUUGUAUAUGUCUGUGGUAACUCCAGCUGAAACACAGCAUAGGCAUUGUAAAUCAGGAGCCUACCAAAUCUGCAAUGUUUUAGCUCUUUAUUUAAAGUAUUUAUUUAUAUUCCAUCACUUAGGGCUUUGACCUCCCAAGGUGAUGUUCAAUCAAAGGAGAUACAUUUAAAAUACUUUGCAGAGGGGUUAGAAACAUAAGAAUCAGAAUCACUGGCAUUAAAAUGUUGUCAAACAAAGGCAGAAGGGAACAAAAUGGCCCUCAUAGCUUGUUUUGAAUGUGAGUGUUGAAAGGGCCUUUCGUAGUUUCUGUAGGAAGGUGGGGCCACAAGCAUGGGGCCACCACCAGGAAAGCCCUAUAGCUCUUGCGUCUGCCACACUAGUAAAAAUAUUUUUUACUCAUUUUCCUACCACACUCAGCAUGUGCCUUAUCCCUACCCCCCAAAAAACCCCUCUCUGCCAGUGCUUUUCUUCCCUUGAUCUUUUAUAUGUGUUUCUUCCUCCGAUAACAGCUUUCCGCUCUUACCUCUUUUCUUUCUAUUUCCUCCUCGUUACUAUAUUGCUGCCCAGCAACUGUGUUUCUCAGAUGAGGCACCACUGAGACUGCCAUUUGCCCCAGAGUUGCAUUUAGCCUGUACUAGAAACAGGCCUUUUAGUGUCUGAGUUCCAGCUCUCUGGAAUAAAUGACCAGCUGAAAUAUAUACCUUAUUUGGAGGUCUAAGCUGGCAGUGACAGAGCAGGAACAAGAUCUUGGAUCACUUCGGGAAAACUUGGUAAAAAUGUUGUAGCACAUGGAAGCCUGGAGGUGGGGUGUGUGGAAGGGAAAUUCCAUUCUAGGGAUUCUUAGGAAAGGAUCAACAUAAAACUGCCACGUUAUAUCAACUCACGUGAUGCUUUUAUACAAAUCUGUGGCACAGCCACACUUGGCGUCCUCCAUGUAUAUAGUUCUGUGACCUUUCAAAAGGGAUACUGUAGAAUUGGGGAAGGGGCAGAAAAGGACAACAAAGGCAGCUAUCAAGCAGCUGAAAUAAAUUUCCCUCCCUAUGUGGGAAGAUUAUGAUGUUUGGGACCUGAACUUUCUAAACUAAGGUUUAGAGCAGGGGUCGGCAGACUAAGGCCUGGGGGCCAGAUGCUUUCUCUAGGCGGGCAGGAAGCCCAUUUCGUGCCACCGCUGCCAGCUUCAGUGAAUGAGGCAGGCGGCAAACCGAGAAGGUGGCUGGGUGUGUGUGUAUGUGUAGGAGGAGGACUACUUGCCCCCCUCGCAGUGUGCAUAGCAAUCUGGUUUUUUUAUAGAUGAUAGAUAGAUAGAUAGAUAGAUAGAUAGAUAGAUAGAUAGAUAGAUAGAUAGUCCGGCCCUCCACAAGCUCUGAGGGACAGUGGACCGGCCCCCUGCAUAAAAAGUUUGCUGACCCCUGGUUUGGAGAAAGGGUAAGUAAGGGGAGGGAGACAUGAUGCCUGGCAUGGAAAGGGGGAGGUUUUUAAAAUUUCUAACUAGUGCUCCCAAUGGGAGGAAGGGCAGGGCAAUAAGGAUGAAAUAAAUAAUAAUUUUCCUCUGGCUUUGUUUUACUUUGCAACAUUCCAUGCUGUGGGUCUAGGUGAGAUUGGCUUGUGAGCCAGACUCAGUCCUGGAAGAAAGACCUCGCCUCCCUCUCUUUCAGGUCACCUUGACUCCAGCAGUGCCCAGAAGCUCUUGAUGAAAACAGGACUCAUCCUGAUAGUCAUUGGCCACCUAAACUUCAUCACCAGCGCUCUGGUCCAUGGGACAGUGCUGCGGCACAUUGCCAACCCGCAUGACACCAUUUCCCUGCAGUACGCCAUCUCCAACAUUGUGACCGUGAUCUCUGCCAUCUUGGUACGCCUUUCCUUGCAGGGUCUUUGCUGGAGGAGGGAAGACUGACGUGCCUUCUCAGGGCCAGCUCUGCAAAGGCAGAGAGGGUGCCCUUGAAGUUCUAGGAAAUGAACUAAAUGUGCUCCAGUUUGGGAUAUGGUUGGCAGAGAGCAAUUAAAAGUUGUAGUAGUAGUAUCUUGCAGUGUAGUCCGCCCCCAAUGGUGUAGCUGAGUCAACCCCUUUUCUGGCUUCCAUACAAGUAAAUACAUAGUUGCUAUUCCCUCUUAUGAUGGGGGAAAUGAUGUGCUUUUAGGGUAGGGAACCUGUGUUCUGUUUGAGGUUGGGGGCUUCUGGUCUACUGUGGGAAUGGCCAGAGCCAAAAUUGGGGGAGCACUAAUCUUUAGUCCCCCACAUGCAAAUAGAUGGUGCAAAGUUCUCAAAUGUGCUUUAUUUGCACAUAUGGCCCCUUGAAUGCACCAUUUGGAUUUUGGGGAUUUGGCUUCCCACACACACAGCCCAGCUUGUAACCUUGUAAAACUCUUUGCGGUGUGUUAUUUCCUGUCAUCUGUCACCCCUUUGCAGACAAUCUCCUGCGGAAUAGCAGCAAUUGUGCUCUCCAGAUAUGUAUCCCGGAAAUCACUGGUAAGAAACCCCUCUCUUGGAGCAGAGGCAUCUCCCUUAAGAGGCGGGUCAUGUUUCCGAGUGGAGGAGCCCUUCAAGGCUCUUAGUUACACCCAGCUGUUUAUCGAAGCCUUGACCUUCAGGCAAGGGACCCUCUUUUUCAUGAGACCCACCCCCAGCUAAGUACUCUCCUAUCUUAAGUUACUGUCAGCUCAGCUGCCUGCCCCACCCAGGAGAUGAGAUGAUGGCAUGGAAAGUUUGAUAGCUUCAGAAGUUGUAAAAUAUCCCCACUGGCUGCAGCUCAAGAAUCGGGGGAGUAAAGAGCCCCACCCAAGAAUGAUUGGUUUCCACAUUGCUACCUUGCAAUCUAUUUGACUCCUUCCUGGGGCUGCUCCAGGAGCGGGGGGGGGGGGGACGACCCGCUUUCUGGGAUGGUGGCUGUGUCAAUUUCGGUGUGGGGAUGCUUGGCUUGGGGAGGGGACGGGCAUAGAAGCCAGCCUGCAGGUUUUGAGGUGUGCCACGUUUAAUGCCUGGCAUCUCAAUUUGGCUUUGAGAGAGUGGUGAUUAAGCUGUCGACAAAUCUUUAGAAAUAUAUAAAUGACUGAAUGGAUACCAGAGCCCAAAUACAACAGUGAAAGAAACACUUUGCAUGUUCCUGGGAGUUUGUGGGUGUCCAAGAAACCUGAGCUCUCUGCUCAGCUCCCAGAUGAUGCACCCCGACCUUAGAGUGUCCUUUCCCAUGGUCACUUUGGGUGGGAUUUGGACCCCUUGCUCCCUGCUGCAGCAAGCCAUGUGUGCCUGGCCUAUUUGACUAGCAGACCCACCACUGUGUUCUCUCCAUUGCAGAGAUGGGCCGUUUUCUCCCUCAGCAUCAGCAGUGCCCUCCUCUCGCUGUUCUGCUCAGUGGGGCUGGCCAUCGCCAUCAUUUACACAUUCAUCAACAAUGGGCGAUCCCUCCUGGCUCGUUGCACCUUUGCCAACGUGGAUAUCAUCCAGAUUGCACACGAGUGCCCUUUUGACCCCACCCGGGUCUACGUAAGUCUGCCAAGUGGGCUCCAGCCACAAGGGAGCUCUUGGAAGAAGCAAUGGGAGAGGUGCUAAGAUGGAGGGGGUGGGAUUAUAAAAAGCUUCUAGUGUAACGUUAGGGUUCUAGCAUGGUUUAGUUCCUAACCUCUAGGGACACUUUAAUGCUGUUCCUUUUUCCUGCUGAGGAUCCUCUGCAGUUUGCAGAAGUCUCUAGAGUCCAUGCACACUCAUUCAGCUAAUGCAAGACCUUAGCUGGGUCAUCUCUUGCGUUUCCUUGUCGCCCCAUCUGGGAUUGUGAUAUACUCUGGCCCUGGAUUGCAUGGGUUGAUUGCAAAUGCUGCAUUAGGUGAUCCGGAGGUCCUGCCUUCAUGGUUCUAUGAGGCAUUGGGUUUUGACUCCAAAAAUUUGAAGGCCCCCCUCAUGCCCUCUUUCCUCCCUCCCCACAGAGCUCAGCUUUGGUCCUUUGGGGCAUCUCCUUCCUCCUGGAUGCCAUAGAGAUCAUCUUCAGCAUUCGAUGCUUCCUGGUCACCCUUGUGCUCCUGAAUCUGAGGCUGUGUCACAGGCGGACACGCAAGAAGAAGGUACAAAUCUCCUUGCACCACCCUCCUGAUUCAGGUUCUUGUCUCCUUUGGUCAUGUACUUUGCAGAAGGGUUUGCUUUGCGAUUCCCCCACUCUACCACCACUCCCAAAUUCUGAUAGCUCCUUGCACCUCCAGAUGUUGCUGGAUUACAACCCCCAAUUGUUGGCUAAGGUGGGCUGAUGACAGUCCAGUAGCAUCUGGAGGGCCAGAGGUGCCCCACCUGUGUAAUAAAACAAAUAAAUUAGAGGCAGGAUCUAAGAUCUGAGACCGAGGGAGGCAGGUGAAGAUCAUACUGGGGACUGCUCUAGCUGGACUGUCCCCUUCCCCACCCAACUUUACAUGUAAUAUCAUUUGUUUUAACCCUUUUAACCUCACAGGGUGCCUUGGCAGAAAGGCAGUAUAAUAAAUGCAAUGAAUAAGCGAAUAAAUGCCACAAUGCAGGGAACAUCUGUGGCCCUCCAGGGUUUGCUGGGCCCCACCAAUUCUAACCCUAACCCACUGGCCUCGUUGGCUGCUGGGAGUCUACCAGCCCCUCUGGUUAUGUCAGUUGCCUGCUUCCAUUCUUCACAUUGGCCUUUGCCAGCUUGGAAGCCUUCCAGAUGUUUCGAACUACAGCUCCCCAUCAGCCCCAGUGAUGGUGGCUGUGCUGGCUAAGGCUGAUGAUAAGCUGCUAUCCAGAACAUCUAGAGGGCAUCGAGUUAACGGUGGCAGCUUCAGAUGGUAGGCGAAUGGUCUGCAGAGCCUUUACUCUGCAAACUGAAAGCAAUUCCGCAGGGCAGCCGAGGCUCUUAACGCUGGCCUUCUCCUCUGAUGCAGCUGGGACCCUGAAACUCCUGGAUCCAAUUACGCCUGUCAGAAUCUUGUCAAAUAUUCAAAUUCAAGCCCUCUGGGGCCUUUGAACCACCCCUGAAUAAUUUGGCCAGUGUCAAAUAAUUAGCAAUUUGCAACUCAUUGGUAAAUUUGCAUCUAGUUAAUUCUGGCCGUACCUAAUUUGCAAUAUACCUGCCAAUAACAGAACCUUUCUAUCAUUUGUGCAUCAGUGUGUCUGUGUGCCAGCUCCGUAUACACCACCCUGACAGUGACACUGUGACCCGAUUUGGCACAUAAGAAGAGCCUGGCUGCUGGAUCUGGCCAAAGGGGGCCCAUCCUGCCUCUUCUGGGGAGCCCACAAAGCAGCGCCUGACUGCUGUGAUUCUCAGCAACUGAAAUAGCACAACUGCAUCUUAUGCACGUUUAAAUUGCAUUAUUUCAACCACACAUGAUUGAAGGUCGGCUGGCUGAAGUCCCACAAGUGAAAUGCAAGAAUGGCAGUGUUUUUAAACUUUCUGUCUUGCUGCUGGGAGGGGGGGCAGCACAAGGCCCUCUUGGUGGGCCUUUUUGGGGAUGCUCUUGGAGUGCUGUCCCGAGUUCCUGCAAGAUCUUGCAGAAGUAUCGCUAUCAUUCUGGAGCUGGUGUCCUGAGCGAGUCUUGCCCUGCAAUCAAGGCAAAGGGCUUAAAAGCUCUUUUUGCAUGGGGAAACUGUGGCAGAAAAAGAAGCACCUUCAACUGACCCCAGAAGAGCUGUUUGAAUAUGAGACAGCGGCACAUCACAGACAUCUGUGGUGACCUAGCUGCCAUAUUUACUCUGAUGAAUGCCAAUGGGAUCUGUUCCAAACGCUCAUUAAAGUUUUAAUCAAAGGAAUGUGGUCCAAUGAUCUAGAUGUCUGUUAUCUACAAACUGCCCCCUCCCAACCUAUGAACAACUGGUUAACUGUCAAGACAAGUGAGCUUCCUGAUCUGAUGAACUCCUCCUGCCCCCUUGCCCAGUUUGCUAUGUGAUGAAUGUUCCCUCAUGUGACAAACUUCAGUAUUUACCCCCUCAGUGAGCAAUUGUUUUCUGUGAGAUUUCCCUUGUGUGGUUAAAAAACAGCAACACGUUCAUUCUGAGAAACAGAAAUGACCUUGAAGUGGCUUUGCUGCAUUUGGACUAUUGUUAAUUCCGGCCUUUUUGAUUUAUAGGUCUCCCUGCAGAUUGUCAUGCCUGAGACCAGAGAAAGCUGCGAGGGCCACAAUCUCCUGAGGUUGGACCGCAUGGAGACGGCGCGGCUCUAGAGGCCAGUUGUUGCCGCCGCCCAGAUUGCGGCUGCUCUUGCAGUGUCAUCUGGUGGCUUCCUCUGCUUCGCGGUCCAGCCUCACUCCAGUCUGCAUGGACGUGGCCCCUCGUGCUUCCUCUCCGCAGUGGGCGGUGCCCAAAGCUUAGCAACUGGGAUCCAGAAGCGGGAGAACAGUGGCCUCCCUUGAGGCCCAAACCUUUUACUGCUCUGAUUAGCACUCUGGUGCUUUGUGCUGAGAAAUCGACCCCAAGCGCUCCUCUCCUCCAGAACGAAGGGAGCUGCCGGGCCCACGUGGCUCCCGUGAGCAUCUGAAAUGACUCUGCGGGCCAUUGCACUGAGACAAAAAAAAAACCUUUUAUUUUUGAAGCUAUUAAAAACAAACAAAGCCUGUGGUUCCCUUCCCCCUCCCGCUUCCUGCAUGCACUCCUGUGAUGGAUGGAUGAAGGACUGAUGCUUCCACUUCUGCAAUGGGGUGGAGCUGGGUUCUUCUCCAGAGCGGAGGGGUGGCAAUACUCUCAGCCAUUUCUGAGGUAGAAAAGGGGACUGGAGCUCCGUCGUGAGCAAACAGCCCUCUUUGAAGAAGGAGGGUGGUGGGUGGGAUGGCAUUGAUCAACGAAUGCUUCCUUGGACUAAUCGGGGGGACAAAUUUUGACUGGAGGGACUGCGAUUCUUGGAAGCUAUUUUGCAUUAAUUUAGAAGGCAAUGGAAACGGAUCUAUGGAAGACGGCCUUUUCCUUCUAAGAAGGCGUGGUAGCAUUUCUUUGUGAAAUUGUAAAUUAAACUGACACUGCCUUCAGUAUGUUAGAAGGGCCAUCUGCAUUGAAGAUUUGGGAAAUUUAAAUUUUAUGCAUUAAUUUAACCAUUGACAGGUUAAGAGGCAGCUAAUUAAUCGGCUAAACAAGUUGUACAUUGGUCUCUGCCAACCUUGUGCCCUCUAUGUUUUGGAUUAUAACUUCCAUCAGCCUCAGCAUCAUAUGGUUGCAUGAAGCUGGAGCUGAUGGGAGUUGUAGUCCAAAACAUCUGGAGUGCGCCAGGUUAGCAGAGGCCAUGGCAAAUGGUGCCAAACCUCACCACCUUCUGCCCCACUGGCCAUUUCCUCUUGCCUCACAGCGCCUUCUGCUUCUUCUCCAGCCUUGGGGUCAAUUGCAAAGGGCACCAUCUCUCAGGGCUGCUCUGAAUGCCAACCCCCAAUUUUAGCUUCCUACUAUUCAUCCACACAGAACGGCAUAAAACAUUCCAUCACAUCUUGGAUAGUAGAGCUGGACAGCAAGCUUGUGAUGACGCCCUCCAUUUCAGAAACAGUUGUGUGGGCUGUACUAUUCACUGUAUUUGACUGGGAUGCCUUCACAUUUCCUCACCCAGUUAAUCCUGCUUGCCAUGCAUCCCAACCUACUGCUAAAGUUCUAAGCCCAUGUCCACUGAGCCCCCUCCCCACCAAUUGCAAAUACUCACUGAAAUAGCAGGGCAGGGAAGAAUGGACUUCAGUGCACACGUGGCAGGUGGAGUCUAAAACUGUUGUCUGGGCAUGCUCUAUGCUUCUAGAGAUGGGUGGGUUAACAAAAAGGCAUUCCAGAGCCGGAAGACCAUUGGGGUGAGUGGUCUGGGGGGAGCAGACUGAUUCAUUAGUGCAACAGUUCUCCUGGGUAGGCUGGGAUUCAUCUGGGCAAACCAAACUUGCUGCCUCUACCCAUGGUGUCUCCUGCAGCCACACCCUGAGAACCCCAGCCUUCAUUUAAAGUGGACUUUCAGCUCUUGGUAAUUGUUGCUCCCUGCUUGCCCUCCCCAAGAGCAGAAAUAAAAGCCCAACUCCAUAGAAGCAGAAAUGUGGGUGGGUGUUCACUGGGCACAUGUAUGCAAAGGAACAGAUUUUGAUUGCCUGGUUCCAGGUUUCCCAUUUAUUUGCAAAGCACACACCCAUGGGUUGUGUGGCCAAGCCCUAUGUGGUUCUUGGCCGGGAAGGGAGGCAGCCAGAUCUGGCCAGCCUGCACAGGUAGUAGCCCAGCUGCCUGCUUCUGAUCUCUCACCCACAAUGCAGCAACAGGAACUGCCUCGCUGAAGCUCAAUGUGGGGCCUGGUGAAACAUGCAACAUGGACAACGUGUCUGUUUAUUGAGGCCUCAGGACUCUCUUAUUAGUGCCAACUGAAUCUGAGCCAUCCAUGUGUAUUGAAUUGUACAGUUGGAAGGGAAUCUUGAGAUCCAUCUAGUCCAACCCCCUGCAAUGCAGGAAUAUGCAGCUGUCCCAAACAGGGAUUGAACCUGCAACCUUGGCAUUAUCAGCACCCGGCUCUUAACCAGCUGAGCAUAUGGAUACCCUGGGUCAAAUCUCACACCCAUUCAUUGGUCGUAGCUGAGUCAUUGCUCUCUCACAGCCUUCAAUCUGUAAUACAGAUUGUCCUACCUUACAAGGAUGGUGGUGAAGGAUUAACUGGUUGUGCUCAAGAGGAAAUUGAGGACGUUUUUAUCUGCCCAGGCCAUUGGGUAGACACUGGAGUUGUAUGACUCUGGGGUUUAUUAUUAUUAUUUUUGUACACUGGAUAUUGUUGUGUUUUUAUGUUGAUAACUGACUGCCUUGGACAUCUUUCACAGAGGGAGAUGGGAUAUAAAUAAAACUGAUAAAUAAAUAAAUUACAGACAUGUGAAAGUGCUGAAGGGAUGUGAAUGCUUAACCUUGGCUGUUGAGGGGUUGGCUUCUGAAGCUGUUCCUCUAUGGGCAGCCUUGAGACCCGAUGAGUCCCUUGCAGCUUUUCAGGGUCCGAUGGAGGAGCUCUCCCCGACUGCACCAGGUGCUCUAAGGUGUGCCCCCUGAGACAACAAAUGUGGGAAGGCUUAAGGAAGGGGGCUUGGGCUAUUCCUUUCAGUGGCGCUUGAAACAGAGGUCAAGGAUGACCCUCUGCCCUUCCUGAAACAAACACGCAAGGAAGGUGUGGGUUACGAAUGAACCAACUAAAUAAAUUGCCCUACAUGCUGUC